AUGAAUGUCAUCAACAGCAGCUUCGCCCCCCCUCCGCACCUGCUUCCCAAUCGCCUGUCACCCACCCGCAACAUUCUCUCGCCCUCCAUGUCUAGCCGGAAACGCAAAGCCGACGACGAGGGAAGCGGCGGCGAUGACGACCGCAUGUCCGCAUCGCCCUCUGGCUCGCCCGCCAUCUUGGACCGACCCCUCGCAAAGCAUUCGACCAAGCGCAUGCGGACCAAUGUCUCGGGCAGGCCCCUACCGCUGCAGCGACUGUUGGAGACACUGAGCGCCGACGACAUGCGAAACGUACUACAGGCCAUCUGCGACCAACACCCGGACAUCGGCAAUAAAGUCCUGUCAACCGCGCCCCGGCCCAACAUACAGUCAACGCUGGAGGUGCUGGCCAAGUACGAGUCAUCCUUCCAGGCAGCCUUCCCAUUCGGCGGUCGAGCUUCAUCCGACUAUGCAUACAACCGCGUGCGCCAGCACCUCAUCGAGCUUCUCGAAGCCCUCAAAGAUUUCACGCCCCACUUCCUCCCUCCGAACGAAUCCCAACCCGCCACAUCGCUUGCCUUCCUAGACGGCGCUACCGAGUUCAUCCACCGACUGCCCGACUGGGACACCUAUCAGCACAAUCGUCAUAGAGAGGAGGCCUACGAAGAGAUGGCCAAAGCAUGGGCAGCGGUCUUCCGGGAGGCAUCAAAGAAGGCAGGUGGUAUACAGCUCCAGUACGGAGGAUGGGAUCAGAAGAUUGCAAAGCACAAUGAGGUGUCUGGCGGUCGCAUGCAAGAGGCGAUUAACGAGCUUCGCACCAGCCUAGGCUGGAUGGGUAACGAAGUGCAACAGCCCGCUGCAGGCCAACAUGGUAACAUGUCUGUUAGGGACCAGCUCUUCAACGGAUCAUACGGCAUGGGAGCAUCCGCCCGCGUAGGAGCAUGGUAG